AUGACAUCUGGCCUGGCCUUCGGUCUGGCCAAUCAAAGUAGACGACCGGACCUUAGGUUUUUGGCUGUUUUGGACUUUGAUGCUUUAGCAUUGAUUCCACUUUUCUUACUCUCUCCAGGUGAACGCACUGUUACCUUUCGCAAGCCCUCCUCCUCCUCAACACCCCAAACAGAAUCGAUACCCAUGCACAAAGAUGAAGUUUUCAAUACACAAAAAAGUCAAGGAAUUCAAGGUCUUCGAACGAAGGAUACGGGCCAUCCUCUGAAAAUCAUCGGAACUGCAAGUUUUGAAAGCCGCAGUAACGCCGACUUGAAAAAGGAUACUAUGUCAAAACUGACCAAGACGAAACACUUGACAUUGCCGAUCGUCUCCAUUUGCAGUGAGCUUAUCUCUCCAAGAGCUGGGUCUGCGAAACCUGCCAAAUUUUCGCGCAUCUAG